UUUAAUCAUUGGUAUCUAUAAGUUAUUUAUUAAAUAAUGAAUUGCAUAAACAAUGGAAAAUGAAUAAUAAAUGAACAGGUUUGUGCUGGUUUGCUUUAACUGCCAUGAGUGAUGGUGACAACUGUUCAGUGAUGUAGUUUUCUGACAGAUGAGUACUAAAAAUAAUAAUGUAUGUUACAGAAAAAGAAGAUGAGAUUCGUUGUUUUCUUCCAGUUGUUCGUCUGUUUUUCUCAUCUAUGGAGAAUUCCGAAUGUGAUACAUGGUCGUAAUUACAGUUUGGAGUGUUUGAACGAUUACCUCUUCACCAUCAGGUGUGAGUUGAACAUGACCUCUGAGCCAUGUCCCCAUAAUGCCCUCUACUGGCUGGAAUUCUAUGACGAAAGGGAGCCAUUCGAGUGUGUGUUAACGUCGCAGACAUACCCAUGGGUGUGUGUGCUGAACCUGUCUACUCGGGUUGUAGACCCAUUCAUGGACACAGACAUCUUCCAGAUCUCACUUAACUACAGUUUCCAUGGCAACAAUGGAUCAGAAAUCCUGGACACAGGCUACAAGCCAGUAAACUACAUUCAGCCUGUCCCUCCGUCGAACCUGACGUUGCUAUGGAAACCAGAUAAGGCUGUUUUCCACUGGCUCAGCGGCUAUAAGGAAGGCAUAAUGCUUAUCCCGAAACUCCAGUACCAACUCAGCAUACACACAAAUGGCAAGGUGUUGAAUGUCCGCUCUACUCAAACCAAUGUGUCUGUGCCGACGUCCACCUUUGCGCCUAACACUAACUACACAGCACACGUGCGCUCAGUGCCUGGUCAGGUACAUUACAAAGGCGUUUGGAGUCACUGGGGUCCUGCCAUUUACUGGACAACUGGUCCCACUAACAAAACAGACACUCCAGAUAUGUCUUUAGCUACAGUCUGGUUGGCUCUGUUCUUACUGCCGCUGAUAUUGCUCUGCUACUUUUCAUACACCAGGUGGAAAAGGUGUGUACUGAACCCCAGCCCUGCUCCUCAUAUUGGAGAUUUCAAAUGUUCAGCAAUGGCACCGGAGAAUGUGGGUGAGCUGCUCUGGAAGGAGGAGUCUCUACAGAUUGACAGCUUGACUGAAGAGCCAAAUUCCGCCCUGUUUGAAAAGAUGAGUAACAUUUAUAACAGCUCAGGCAACACAUCCAUCGCUGGCUCACCUAGAUCUCCCAGUAUGUUUCAGUCUUCUGUGGAUUCAAAGAUCAGCAUGAAUAGCUGGGCGCAGACUUUGUUGUCAACAGAGAAGGGGAGUGUGACAUACAGUGAUGACUACUGCACGCUCUCACACACCCAAUAAACAGGACACACAUGCAUUCUGAACAACCGCAUACAAGCUGGAAAUAUUAAUGCCAAUCACACAUACUUGACUUGCUUGAUAGUUUUUUGACUGAAGGAAGAUAUUUUGCAUUUUGAGAUGAAAGCAUUUUUCUGGAAAGCAUUGUAUUACAUUGUCAUCAUCAUCAUCACCAUGUUGUUUUAUCACAUUUCAGAGUUUUCUUGCUGCUCACAGAACUUUAGCAAAGCUUGACUCACUGUUGUGAUAUAAUACAAGGCAUAUGGAGAGGUUGAAAAUGUUGGCCACUCCCUCAGUGACUCAGAUGCUUUUCCCACAAGCCAAAGAAUGUAUCAUAUCUUUUGUGCACUUUUCUGGCCACAAGCUCCAGAAUCUUGAAAGUGGUUUAUUCACCUCUGUCUGCUUGUUUCCAGCAGGAAAAUAAACUGAGCUUAGAAAAUCAUUCUUGGAAACCCGUAUUUGAAAGAUAUUCCUGAGGUUUGCACAGGACUGAUUUUAAAUACAAGUACCACUGGUUCCCAAAGGAAUUCUGACUAACUUUGCCUGCUCCCAAAGGAAUUCCGAACAAUCCCACCCACUCCCAAGGAAUUCUUAACAAUCCUGCCUCACUCUCAAAGAAAUUUGGAACUAUGGUGCCCACUUCUGAAGGAAUUCAGAACAAUCCAGUCCACUCCCAAAGUAAUUCUGCCCAAUCCCACCCAAUCCAGAAGGAAUUUUCUACAAACCCCCUUGCUCUCAAAGAAGCUCUGAGCAAUCCCACCAACUCCUGAAGGAACUGUGAAAGGAAUCUGGACAAUCACACCGGCUCCCAAGGAAUUCUGAAAAAUCUCAUCAGCUCCCAAAGGAAUUCUGAACAAUCCCACUGGCAUCCAAAGGAACACUGAACAAUCUCACCUGCUCCCAAAGGCAAUCCGAAGAAUCCGACCUGCUCCCAAAGGAAUUCUGAACAAUCCUGCAUGCUCCCAAAAAUUUUGAACAAUCCUGCCUGAACGCAAAGGCACUCUGAACAAUUCCACCCCUCUUCCGAAAGAAUCCUGACCAAUCCUGCCUGUUCCUGCAGUUAUCUUUGUAUGCACAUGAACGCAAUAUUUUAUGUACUUAAUAGUACAUAAUUGAGCUAUAUUUCCCAAAAUAUAGCUCAAUUAGUACUUUAAAUGACACCCACUGUGAUCAGAAUACAGAGGAUACAUACAUUUACUGAGGAUGAAUGAAUGUGGUAAAGGCAAUUCAUAUGUAAACUAACUUGUUUCCCAUUCAUUCAUUAAACAAACAGUAACUAGAAAUGGACAAAAAGUAUUCAUGUGCAAUUCUUUAAUAAAUCAAAUUUGUAAUUAUUAGCAAGUUUGAGGAACAAACAUCACUUACACUGAUUAUUUUCCUAUAACAGCAAACAAGUGUUUAUUCCUUGCAUAUUUGUCACAAAGUUUUGGAAGUUGAAGAAGGUAUGUUUGAAAAUUUUUCAUGUUUGUUUUCUGUAUAUCGUAUAUUGCUGCGCUCACAUCAUGUAUGAGAAUUUGGGAGGACAUAAAAUCUUCCAGUUAUUUAUGCAUUCUUACUUUGCUAGGUUUAAAUUGGCAGUUGUGGAUUUUAUCCAACAUUAGCUAGCAUUAGCACGAUACUUGCAGAAGUUUGAUAAUCCAUCAGCUGUCGAAAUCACUUAAAUUUUUCAAUUAAAAAUCAAAUCAAAUAGCAGGAAACUUUGAACCCUGACGAUGCUGAUCUUUGAACCAAUUUUAAUCAUAUUUCAAAUUCAAGUCAUUGCAAGUCCCCCCCCGAAAGUGGUAAUUAUGGUUAUUCCUUUAUGACAUAAAUUCAGCAUUUGGCAUAUUGCAACUACUUGAAGAUAUUAUGAUAUUUCAUUAUUCUUUGGUUUCCAAUCUUCAGAAUUUAGAGUAUUCGCACUCCAUAUGUAAAAUAUGGCAUUAUACAAAACAACAAUUGUCACAAUUCAGAAAUAUAUUUUCUAAGGUUUGGUCUUUUUAUAUUAUUUAUGGCUGGUUAUUAAUGAUGGACUUUGCAGCUCUAUAGCUAUGUAAAUAAGGAUACAUAAAACAUCUGCAUUAUAAAUGAAUAGCUAUUUUAUUAAAUAUCAUGUACCAGCAUCUAUCUCAAGUGUACUUUACAUGCUCUUAUUUUCAAGU